AUGUCCGACACAACUGUGCCCACAGUUGGCUAUUUCAAAAUGCGUGGUAGGGCUCAACCCAUACGCCUAUUGCUGGCGUAUAAAGGCGUGAAAUUCAUCGACAAAUAUUAUGACCCACCGGGCGCUGACACCCCGGAGUCGUAUAGGGUUGAGUGGCAUAAGCAAAAAUUCACCCUGGGCUUUGACUUUCCCGAUGUUCCCUACUAUGUGGAGGGCUCUAUCAAACUGACACAUAGUAUGGCUAUUAUGCGACACUUGGCCCGAAAGCACGGACUGGUGGCCACCGACGAGACCGGACUCACACGACAGGACGUGUUGGAGCAACAGUUGACUGAUAUUAGAAAUGGUUUUUGGGGAGUACUAUAUCCCGGCGCCGGCUAUGAGAUAGACUUGUUGUUUAAUAAUGAAUACGUUAACGAAAAAGUUAAAUAUAUCGCCGAAACAUUGCCUAAACAGUUGAAUCCUUUGUCCCGGUUUUUGGGUACCCGUCAGUGGUUUACCGGUAAUCACAUUAAUUAUGUAGACUUCUUGGCGUAUGAGCUCUUGGAUUGGUUCCGUCUCUUCAGCGCCGGUACUGUUGAUAAGUACCAGAAUUUAAUUCAAUUCUUAACUCGUUUUGAGAGUUUACCGGCGAUUAAGGCAUUCAUGAAAUCACCGGAGUUUAUAAGUUGGCCAAUAGAUUCACCCAACGAUAUCUGGGGUUUCGAAAAGUAA